GGCGGGUGUCGUCGACGUGCUGCGGAGUCGCGCCGCGGCUGGCUGCUGGGUUCAGGUGGAGACGCGUCACCGGAGGGGGCUCAGGGCUUCCUGCGCCUGUCCCAGGGACAGAGCGUGCUGACCGCGCUCUGAAAACGAAACGGGGCCCGGACAUCAGAGUUCCUAACUCUGCGGGACCUUGUGUUGACAGGCCUUCACGUGCCAAGAGUGGAAGCUCUCCUUCGGAGAGUUAAUAUUAGCUUAAAUUGCGGGACUUGAGAAGAAAAAGAAUAGUUUGUUGUUUUGCCUGUGAACUUUACGCAUGCAUCUUGGCCAUGCUUUUCUCCAUUAGGAGUCAACAAUUUAUUUUUUUGACCAAACACCGUAUUUUCUAUUGGUAAAAACGAUCUAGUGUAAUCACAUCUAAGUAGAGGCAGUUGUGGCGUAUUUGUAAAGAUACUUGUGUUUCCUCUCUCAGAGCGAAAACAGAACCCGUUGAUGAUGAGCUUUUGCCCAAAUUUGGUACGAGUCUUACAGAGUUCACAGAAGGAAACAAGCAGAGGAGAGAGUACAUGGGAAUGCUUUUAUUUCACUUGGCUCUUGCAAGAUAUUAGAGAAUCAACAUGGAAGAAAAACGUUACAAGUGUCCCAACCAAACAAGCAGCUUCAGUUAGUGCUCAGAGCACAAAAAAAAAAAAAAAAGAUAUGGGACGCUUUGCUAGUGCUUUGAAACUAAUUAUUUAAAAUAUUCAUGCCUCUUCCUUACACAGAAAAAGAACUUAAACUUUUAAGUUGAAGAUUUUUUCCUAAAGCACCCUUCUUGGGACUGUGCUUUGGCUUCUCUUAUUUUUCUUGCUGGUAUAUUAUUUUACUGCUUUGCAUAAAGAAUAGAAGAAUCUUACAGAAUGCUUAAGUUUUAUUUAAGCUUACCAAGAUCUGAUUUUUUUCUUUCUUUUUUUUUUUAUGUGUGAUUUUUUUUUUCUCAGGGUGACAGGAGAAGAUGUGUUUGGAAUUACGGUACCUCUUAUUACCAGUACCACUGGAGAUAAACUGGGAAAGACUGCUGGUAAUGCAGUUUGGCUGAACAGGGAUAAGACUUCUCCAUUUGAGCUAUAUCAGUUUUUUGUCAGACAACAGGAUAACAUAGUUGAAAAAUACCUGAAACUCUUCACCUUCCUUCCUCUUGAGGAGAUUGACCACAUCAUGGAAAUGCAUGCUAAGGAACCGGAAAAAUGGGGCCCUCAGAAACGACUUGCUGCAGAAGUAACUAAGCUUGUUCACGGUAGAGAGGGGCUGGAAUCUGCUAAGAGGUGUACUAAAGCCCUUUAUUACAGCAGUGUGGAGGCAUUAGAAGCUAUGUCUGACCAAGAGUUACAGGAACUUUUUAGACAAGCUCCUUUUGCUGAACUGAUGCUGGAACCUGGAAUGAAUGUGCUCGACUUGUGUCGCAAGGCAAAUGCCAUUCCAAAUGGACCUAGUGGGUACCAGAAAAUUACAGAUGGUGGAGUUUCAAUAAAUGGGAUUCGAGAAACUAAUCCUGAGACUGUUCUUGUUCUUGGACAGCAUAUUCUCAAGAAUGGAGUAUCAUUACUUAGGAUUGGAAAGAAAAAUUACUACAUUAUAAAAUGGCUGCAGUUGUGACAACAGGAUAUCUCCUUAAAAUGAGGUAUUAUUUCAGCUCUGAAAGAAGCUGAAACGCCUCAGCUUCUUGCACGAAGACGUACUUGCAUUUGUUUCUAUACAGUGUAUUACUGUACAGCUCACAAACUGCCUAGUACCAUAGUGCAGUUCUUCUCAAAAUGCAAGAACGAAAAUAGACUGAAGGGGUUCAAAUAAAGGCAGCUAAGAUCCUGAAGGUGUAUGAUUUCAUGUUUUAAUUGUGAUAGUAAGUUCUCAAUCAGACUUGUUAAACACGGAAUCAGAAAAGUAAUAAUUACAAAUUCUUAGCAGAUUUUUCCGGCUGCUGCACCUUAGAUUCCUUCAGGGUGGAGCACGCUUCAUUCAUGUGGCCCUCACACUGCAAACAUCAUGAAAAGCUGCACAAAAGUUGCAUCUGCGUUUGGAUUUUUGAACUCCAUUAGAAUUGUUAUUAUUUGCAACAAUUUGUUUUUAAUUGACAACAUUUAAAGUUAAUCCAGUGGCUGUGAACGUCAGCUGUUACUUAUGAAGAGUAGCCAGUCUCGAGUGACAGUUUUGUUCUGUCCACUAGGAAAUAGUAAGAUACAGAACUACCUAAAACACCAAAAAAGGAGCAGCUGGGAUUGCCAGGGGAACAGGCACAGCUAAAAUGCAGAACUGGAAUGUUGUCCUGUGCAGCUCUUGGAUCUUUUAAUCUCGCAUAGAAGUUAUGCCACUGAAGAGACUGUAGACGCUGUGUUACUCAAAGCACCGUCCAUAAGAUAUGCACUAGAAAACAAAAAAGCUUAAUUUCAAAGUCAAAGAUGGAGACUUUCUUCCCCUCCUUAAAAAAUUCCUGUGUUGAGAGAAGAAGAGAAGUGACCUGACGCUAAUAAUCCACAGCAAGCUGAGCAAAAGCAUACUGGAAACCUCUGUUUCUUACAGAGGAUAUAUGCUGCUGUCCACUUUGACUUCAUCCUAACAGAGAAACCUGCUUAAGUGGGUAAGAGCAUACACCCUACAAUCAACAUCAUCUGAACAGGUUGGGCUUAAAGCAAGCUGUGAAAGAUUCACAAUAUAUGAGUAGAUGGGUUAAGCCCUGAUAUCUGAGUUUCUUAUUGGUUAUGUAUGUAUGCAACAUGGUGCAUAAAGGCUUUCCAGCCUUAGUAGAGUAGUACAGGACAAAACCACUUUUUGAAAUGUAAGAGAAAAAUGUGAGUGUAAGUAAGUUCACAUCAAGGCUGCUGAGACUUCCAAAGCUUUCCUCAGCCUUGUGACUUUCAUGCCUUCUGUGUGUUUACUGUGAUUUACAGUGGGGAGGGUGGCAUUUGUUCUGCUUAUUCAGUCCUGUGAGUUAUAGGGAUGCAUCUGUACUAUCUGGAAUCCUUUUGGAAAGGUGUAUCCUGGCAUUGGCUGUGUGGGCUCUACAGUAAGUUGCAAGCUAAUGUGUUUGUUACACCUGAAGAUUUGAAGCACAUCUUACUGCUAGGCAUCAAAAAUCAAAAAAGCUUUCAUGUAUGUUAUGGGUGUAAAAGCAAUUGAAGGGUAUCUGGACCAGAAACCACAUGAGAAGAGCUACAGUGUUCUUGCAACUACAGAGUCAGCCCCUUCAGAUAGGACAACAUGUAAAAGCAGUAUCUUCUGGCAAGACGAGAGAAAAAUGUUCCUAGUGCUUAUGGCCCGUCCAGCAUUUAAUCAUAUUGUCCUGAUUUUUCUCAUAAAGAACGUGAAACAGAGAAAGGGGUGGUACUACAAGAGCUGGUAGAAUAAUAACGUCCAUGUUUAAAGACAGUGUUGCUUUAUUUUAUUGCUCUGAAACACCCUUCAUUACUAACCUGUGGAGCUGCUUACACCCCUGAAACCAAGUGAGCAGGCAGUGUAUAUGUAGCACACUGUCAGAUUCAAACUUCUCCCUUCCCAUGAUAAAGCUUAAGCUGGGGUUGAGUUGCUUACACAAUACAGGGUGCCAAGGUACUUAUGGCCAGGUCACCUGAACAACAAAAAGUCCCCUCCCUGUGGUUACCAAAACUUGUUUUGGGAGUACAAAUUACUCUUAACAGGCAGGGCUUGUUAGAGGGCUGCUACAGUAAUAGUACAAUCAAUGUAGCAGUGGCAGGGCUGGCUCAGAAUGUGUUUUUUUUUUUGUGGGUCCCUCUCUGUCCCUGUGCAAACAGGUAUGAAACACUCUGUCUGAUUUAUGAGGGAACUGCUUUGGACCUUGGCUACAGUGCUAUUUUGAAAGAUUAAGGUAAUCCUUGCUCUUCAUCAGCUGAGGAGAACGUGAAACUCAAAGACAAUACUAUUCCACAGCAACUGCAGAGGGAGAAACCCUAAUCUCAUGAUGUUAGAAAUAGUCAUCGCAUUUCAGCUGGUUUAAAAACUCCCUAACUAUGAAAAAAAAAUACAAAUAAUUAACACCUCUCAAGAAUCCAGCUAUUCUAAAUUUUGAGGGCAUUUCUUUGGGCGUUUAUUGGUUCUUGUCUUUUUACUUAGGAUAACUUGAUGUUGGCUUUAUCUGCACUGUCCUUGAGGAUUUCAGUGGUAAUAAGCUAUAGCAGCUUAUGUAUCCGUUUCUUCAGAUUAUUAAACUGUUAUAUGACAGUAUGUGCAGUAGCUCACUACAUGGAGCUCAUAGUAUUAAUUUCAGUCAGGUAAGAAUCACUUAUCUGUUUGACAGAAAUAGAGAGAGAUAUCUCAAUCUUGUUCCCUAUUUUUAUUUUUUUUCAUAUAAGUACUUCAGUAAUUCUUACCUUUUUUUUAAAAAAAAAAAAAAAAAGGGCCUUACGUAUCUUGUCAGUUCUUAAAACCAGUUUGCGUUACUUGUUAUUGUUACUUGUUACGUGCCUGAAGCUGCUGCAUCAGAGUUAGCCUAGAGGAAGCAUACAGAGAAAAAUCACAAUCUUGAUGGGAGAAGGGUGGAAGUUAAACUAAUUCAAGAAAGCUGUUUUCCCAGAAGUUCAUCCACUUCAAAUAUUUUAGUCACCUAGCACCUUAAACGGUAGCAGCAUUAGAACAAUACAGAAACAUGCCAAGUAGGAGGAACAAAAUGUACCACCACACAAACAUAUUAACCACUAAAGAAAUACAACAAAUCAGAUUUGACAGGUACUUUCUUUUUUGCAGGAAGUACACACCUAUGAGUAGAAGUCUUAUUAUUUCUCAUGUCUGAUUUCUCCUACCUUUUUCAUCUCCAAAUGACGCAUGCUAACAUAUACCAACAAAACAUCCACAAGAAACGUGUUUUGUUAAAGCAUUAGUACCCAUUUCAAUAGAGUAUUAAAAGGAUUUUAUUUUAUCUUUUUUUUUUUUACAAAUACACACAAAAUAAAAAAAAAAGGGAAUUGUUUGUAUACAAGGCUUUUUAAUACGAUUCAACUCCAAUAAAUUUAUUCUGUCCUUCCUUCUGACCACUGCUCAGCAGUCCAAGCCUUUUCAUUACUCUUUCUAAGGAAAAAGCUGAACACAGCCACUACUUUCCCUGGACAGUCUAUUACCUGUCGCUACAGGGUGGCAUGUUUGGGUGGUAGACCAGUUUGCCCAGAAUCAAGGAUGACUAAACAUCUAGUAUUCUUUCUUAGACUAGUUUUAGUCCUCAGGUACCCCCAAAAACAGGUAUGGUCAAGUGAUCAAUGAAAGACAAUCCAUUAAAACAUAAACAAGCAGAAAUUAAUAUUACUAUUUCAGUAUUUAAUGUGGCUACAACUGUGCAGUUUAGAAGUGCAAAAAACAAUUAUUUGGGGCCAGAGGUUUUAAAAAAAUUUGUACAAUAUCUGGGGAAAGUGCAAACUCAAGGACUUGAAUAUGAACACCAUUGUUGUGGUGGUUAGCAGUAGUAGUGGCUGCUUUCAAGCAGUGCUUAACUUCAUAAAACUCACACUGAAGAGGUAAAAGGUAAAUGAGCAUGCAGCAAGUAUAAAAGGAAGCUAUCCAAGCAUUAAAAACACCUUCACUAGUUUAAGAAGUGUAGCUGCUCGGGCAUAAAACCAUAUUCAGGUGGCCUACUCUCUUUUGCUGUUAAGCUUUGGAGUACUAAUGAUCUCACUCUGUCCCCUUAGAGCAGAGAGUUUGACAGGCUACAAGUUACAAAAGCAUAUGCAUUUGAGAACUUUAUUGUCUACUGAAAACACUAGCUUGCAGUCUGCUCUCAUAGCUAGGAUGUUAACAGUGAGGAAAAAAAUUACUGAGGAGAAGUUAAUUUAAAGUUAGCAACAGGGUCACAGCAGACAGGUAAGUUGUUUCCCCUGCUGUAUUCAAUAAAGCAGGAACUUGAACUUGCAAUAUAUCCUCUCAAAGCCAGUCUUCCACAAUACAUAAGGUAAAGGCUAGUUUUGCCUACGUUUUGUUACGUCUCCUUUAGAAAUCUGUUUGAGAAUACACUCUUGAAGCACAGACACUCCCCAAAGCCCAUCUAUUCCAUUGCAAGAGUGAAAUUUGAAACUCACCGCUAAAAAAACCCAAGUAAUUUAUUGACAAGCUAUGUUCAAGCACACAAUGUUAUGUUUUAUUUACAAUAGUACCACACAUACUGCAGGUACCAUCAAACAUUUACUGAUCUAAACUUUUUGGCUACUGUGCUUAUUCUCCUCCAAGGUUGUGUAUUUCACUGGAUAGCAAGUUAUUUCUUCAAGUUAGCUGGAAGUUGCUUAUUGAUGACAAAAAUACCAGGUUUAAGUUAAUGAAGGUAGACUAGAAGAGAUUUGUAAGGGAACAAGCUGAUCUACUGGGAAUUACUCAAUUACUGUCUUCCAUUUGUUUUUUUCCAUAGUUUCCCCAUCAUUUCUUCUAAGGAUGGCAGCAACAGUAGCAUUUUAGGUGUUUCAGUCCAAUUCCAGACAACACAUUGUUUAAAAACCAUUAAUAGGCACCAGGGGCCUGUCUGCACUAUUACUUACACUGUCAUACAAGAACUAACAGCGUAGAAUCGCAGAAAGGGCAAGUGCAAACAAACGCAAGGCUGUAAAAAUAUGGUUAAUCAGUCUAUAAACUUGUAAAAGCAUAUAUUCCUGCUACCUGAACUACAAGUCAGCUCAAAACUUCAUUUCUGGGAUAAUUAAUUUUGUGUUUUAUAUGUUUAUUUAAUUAAAGGGUUGUUACAGCAUGGAUUUUUAAAGACUUGCAUUGAGGACAACAAAUUCAUUUCAUAGCACUUACACAUUAUCAAAUUUAAAAUUUUGGUGAAGCAAAAAACAUUUCAAGAAACAACACUUCGGAAAUUUCACAUGACAUUACACAGCUGGUUAUCACUUGCAAAAGUUUCUUAGAUAAAUAGAACGCCUUUGCUGUAUGAAGAAGCAUUUUGUAACUUCACAAGUCAGCACGUUCCUUGACAAUAGACCGUUGAUUGAAUUUUGGGAGUUAAAAGCUUAGGGAGCAGUUUGCUUACUGAAGGUUCUGCCUUGUCGAAAACAUCUUAGAUGUCAAAAGUGCAAGGCAAAUGUUAGGUGGAUUCCAAGUAGAAAUUUAAUGUUUUUGACAAAAUACUAAAACUUUCACUGUUGUUCAAAAUUGAUUUGAAAACAUGCAGUUCUGACUUUGCUACAGUCACAUUUCCUGAAUCUGAGAAGGAAAUAUCCCUGGACAAGAUGUGAGAACUUAAAAUUAUUUCCUUUAUAAUGAUUAUAUACGAUUCAUAUCCCAUGAGUUUUUAGAUUCUUUAAAAAAAAAUACAGACUAUAUUUCUGUUCUGCAUGCAUUAUUUGAAAUAACGCAUAAACCAGCCAAAAAUUGCACCUGUGAAACUUAACUCCCUGUGCAUAUACUGGUGCCAAAUUGAAGAUUACCAUGACAAAAACAAAUUUUUAUCAGACAUUCUUGGAAACUGGGGCCUUAACAGUUUUUAAAUUUUCAGUCUUUAGCAGCUUAGAAAAGGAAUUCCAUUUCAGUUAAUUGAUGAAAUGGGGAAGGAAUUGAAUGUGGGAAUAAAAACCUCACUAUACUGGCCUGAUUUACUAAGAGCAAGCCAUGGAUGUUAACAGCAGUGUCUUACUUUUCAUGCAAGUUGUGUUAAAGAUAAAACAGCAACACCGUAACAAACAUGUUUUCUUCACACAAAAAAAUUAAUGUGUUUGAAAAGUACAUGCAAGUGUGCUGGAAUCUGAAUACACUUUUAUUCAUAAAAAAUUUAAAUGUUUAUCCUUUAAAGGUUGGGGUGAUCAAUAUUUACCUGUAUGAAUUAAAAUCAUAAGAAAAAAAAUGAAUUCAUCAACUUAAUUUCCAACCUAACACUUCCUAAUUCUAAACAAAAUAGAUUGUCCUCAAAGAAGAAAAAAAAAAA